AUGGCAGGACACGCAGCAGGACCGCGACCAGCAGGUGCAUUCCACCCUCACUUGCCAGGUACGUCUCGCCAAACUACCCCCGUCGAUACAGACUUGGCCUCUGACCAGCCCCCUGUCCGUGCUGUCCGUGCGCACACGCAGGAAUCGGUUACCGACUCGGCGCCAAGUUGUUGGGUAAGCUCACUACACCUUGCCCUGACGAUCAACAUCGGCUGACUCUUUUGCUCGAACGCUUGCUCUAGGCGCCUCGAUGUGGUUCUUCAUCUUUUACCGAGCACGACAAGACGGCGCCGUACUCCUCGUCAGUCUCAUACGCACUCUCCCCUCGGCCGUCGUGUAGGGCUUCAUCUGACCUUCCUUCCUUGCUCGAUCUAGGGAGCCCACCCGUGGGACCAAAAGCACUGA